UGGAAAAGUGCUUACCUCUUGUGGUCGUAGCUUCCGCACAUGAAUACUAUUUCAGAACGCAAACAACGAGGUCUGCGCAAUUCCGAGAAGGCGGGCAAAAACCCUAGGAAAGGCGAUGGAAGGCGAAGGUCCUCAUUCAGCCAAAAAGCAAAAGGUUGAUCCGGCGGUGGUAUCUGAUGUCAAGGAACAAUCGGACACGACGACAUCAUCAUCAUCGCUUGAGCUGGCGGUGGAAUCUGGAGAACCUGGAGAAUGGCAACCACCGGAUGUGAACCCGUGUCCACUGGAUUUUGUCGAAGAUAUCUCUGAGCUUGACGAAGCUGAGAAAAUCGAAUGUCACCAAGCCAUGAUAGAUGAAGCUCGCUCUGCUGCGAAAUUGGCUCUGGAAUCUUACAACAAGGCAGAGGGCGUCGAAUACGAGCUUGAGACACCAUUGCUCAGCUUUUGUUUUCUUCUGGACCGUGUGUUUAUCUGCCAUGCCAACUUCACUGCUAAGAAGCGCGUCGUGAUUGACAAUGAUAGUAGUGACUCCCCCACUGAAAGCAUCCCUCCAAGGAGUCAGCUGUUUUUUGCUGAGACAGCCCAAGGCUUCGGGACCAACACUGUGGUUACUUGUUGUGACAUCGUGGAUACCUCUUCUGGAUCUGGCGGUUUCCGUGAUGGUUGUCUGUAUUGUUGGCGAGGAGGCAAUCCAGUUUUCUACCACCCUUGUGGGCAGAAGUUUAAGUAUGGUUGGCAGUCUGCUUUCCAGUGAUGAAUGGUUGGACACCUUGAUCAAUAUGACCAGUUAAGGACAC